AUGAGAGAAAUUAUCCAUUUAUCUACUGGUCAAUGUGGUAACCAAAUUGGUGCUGCCUUUUGGGAAACUAUCUGUGCCGAACAUGGUUUAGACAAUAGCGGUAAUUUACAAGGUGCUAAUGAAAUUCAAAAAGCUAAAUUGGAUGUUUAUUUUAGUGAAGCAACUUCAGGUAAAUAUGUUCCACGUGCGGUUUUAGUUGAUUUAGAACCAGGUACUAUUGACAAUGUUAAAUCAUCUUCAAUUGGUAAUUUAUUCAGACCUGAUAAUUAUAUUUUUGGUCAAAGUUCAGCAGGUAAUGUUUGGGCUAAAGGUCAUUAUACUGAAGGUGCAGAAUUAGUUGAAUCUGUUCUUGAAGUUGUCAGAAGAGAAGCCGAAGGAUGUGAUUCUAUACAAGGUUUCCAAAUUACUCAUUCUUUAGGUGGUGGGACCGGUUCUGGUAUGGGUACCUUAUUAAUCUCUAAAAUUAGAGAAGAAUUCCCUGAUAGAAUGAUGGCUACUUUCUCAGUUGUUCCAUCUCCAAAAGUUUCUGAUACAGUUAUUGAACCAUAUAAUGCCACUUUAUCCGUACAUCAAUUAGUUGAAAAUGCCGAUGAAACUUUCUGUAUUGAUAAUGAAGCUUUAUAUAACAUUUGUCAAAAAACUUUGAAAUUACCACAACCAUCUUAUGCUGAAUUAAAUAAUUUAGUUUCUUCAGUUAUGUCAGGUGUUACCACUUCUUUACGUUAUCCAGGUCAAUUAAAUUCCGAUUUAAGAAAAUUGGCUGUUAAUUUAGUUCCAUUCCCAAGAUUACAUUUCUUUAUGGUUGGUUAUGCUCCAUUAACUUCAAUUGGUUCUAAAUCUUUCAGAUCUGUCACUGUUCCAGAAUUAACUCAACAAAUGUUUGACGCUAAGAAUAUGAUGGCUGCUUCUAACCCAAGUAAUGGUCGUUACUUAACCGUAGCUGCUUUCUUUAGAGGUAAAGUUUCCGUCAAAGAAGUUGAUGAUGAAAUGCAAAAGGUUCAAACUAAGAAUGCUGCUUAUUUCGUUGAAUGGAUUCCAAAUAAUGUUCAAACUGCUGUUUGUUCCGUUGCUCCAAAAGAUUUAGAUAUGUCUGCCACUUUUAUUGGUAAUUCUACUUCUAUUCAAGAAUUAUUCAAGAGAGUUGGUGAUCAAUUCAGUGCUAUGUUUAGAAGAAAGGCUUUCUUGCAUUGGUAUACUUCUGAAGGUAUGGAUGAAAUGGAAUUCAGUGAAGCCGAAUCUAAUAUGAAUGAUUUAGUUAGUGAAUAUCAACAAUAUCAAGAAGCAACUGUUGACGAAGAAGAAGAAUUGGAAUAUGCUGAUGAUGUUCCAUUGGAAGAACAAAUGGAAUAG